AUGGCAAGCCCUGGUAGAACACAGAAGAGAAAGUUAAGUACUGAUCGCCCAAUAUCACCUCCACCACUGCGUCGCAAAGUACAGUCUACAGCCACGCAAACUGCUGUUGCAUCGUUCUUCACACCCACAUCACAAAAGCCACCCGAAAAGAUUUCCUGGCAAGAACGCGCACCAAAUGAUGAUACACCAAGCACGCUUUUAGUUGGCAAAUUUGAACCAUCAGACAGCCCAACUACGGAUGUAUUAUUCCAAAAUACAAAAAGAAACAAAGUUGCUGCUUUUGAUUUCGACUCAACUCUCAUACAAACAUCAUCUGGCAAGAAGCAUUCUAGUAAUGGCCAAGAUUGGAAGUGGUGGCACGCAUCGGUUCCUGGUACUCUCAAGAAACUGUACUUGGAGGAUGGUUUUCGUGUCGUUGUGAUCAGUAACCAGGCUGGUAUUUCACUCAAAAUGGACCCCAAACCCCCCAAAGCUCGACUGGCGGAGUUCAAGACCAAAGUUUCUGCGGUUUUCAACCAUCUCGAUAUUCCAGUGAGCAUCUAUGCAGCAACGGAGAAGGAUGUCUACCGAAAGCCACGAACGGGCAUGUGGAAGGAAUUACUUGAGGACUACGAUAUUCACCUCCCAGGUGACCUCAAUCUCGAAGAAUCUAUCUUUGUUGGAGAUGCUGCCGGGCGCCACGCAAGUACUGGACAAUCAAAGGACUUCUCUUGCUCAGAUCGAAAUUUCGCUGAAAACGUCGGAAUCAAAUUCUUUACCCCUGAAGAGUACUUCCUCAAAGAAACACCAAGACCAUUCACUCGCACAUUUGAGCCAGGAGAUUACAGCUCUGGAAACACUACAGUGUCUCCAAAGUACGAAAAAGAAAACCCGACAGACGUAGUCAUUCUCUGUGGUAGUCCUGGUGCUGGAAAAUCUACAUAUUAUUGGAAGGAAUUGGAAUCUCUUGGUUAUGCUAGGGUAAACCAAGACAAUCUCAAAACGCGAGAUAAAUGUUUCAAGGUUGCUGGACAAUACUUAGAUGAGGGGAAGUCUGUGGUUGUGGACAAUACCAACGCAGAUCGAGAUGUCCGAAGUAAAUGGAUAGCAUUGGCUGCCAAGCAUUCCGUGCCGAUCCGUUGUGUUCAUUUCUUAGCAGGUGCACAAGUAUGCGAACACAACGAUGCCGUGCGAGGCUUGAAUGAAAUUAUGAACCCGGAGAAGAGAAAGAUACUCCCUAAAUUGGCUUUCACAAGCUUUACUUCGAGGUAUCAACGACCAGAGUUGGCCGAAGGGUUCCAGGAUAUUACGGAGGUACCAUUCAAGGUAUGUCCCACUGCAGCACACCAUUUCUUCCCCUGUAUGUUUAAUGCUGAGGUUAUAAGUUCGAGGGAAGCGAAGCCCAACGAGAAAUUUGGACUCAACACUGGACUUAAGAGAUCACUCAACAAUCUUGAUACAGACUGGAGUGCACGAACGUGGCAUAUUUCACAUGGCAGUCGAUAUGAUCCGAAGAAUGUAUACAUUUAUCCUAAUAUUGACCCUCGUGAACUUGACGGGCUGCAGCAACGUUACAAAAGUAUGCCGGUAUUUGUCUUUUGCCUCGACCAUCAAAAUUCAAUUUACGAUGUUGAUCGAACAUUGAAAAUUGAACAUUGCUCAUUGAUGUGA